CAAGGACAAGUUAAGCGCGAAAGUUGUUACACGUCAUUUUAAGUUUCCACGAUGUUGUUCUCCCUAGUUUUUCUUUCUCUGUGCUUUUGUUUCUGUGAAGCCAAAUCAAAUCGCAUAUUGCUUCGAGAUGUAGAUGUCAUAACCUUAUAUCAUGAUAAAUUUGCCCAGUCAAGAAAAGGUUAUAGAUUACCCCAGCUUAAAUGUGUUGGUGGGAGUGGUUUCAAACAACCCCAGUAUUACCCCAAGGUUGUCCAGUGUUAUAAUCGUGGAUUCGAUGGUCGUGAUGUCCAAUGGGAAUGCAAAGCUGAACUAGAUAAGAGUGUCUCCUUUGGGGCCGUGAACGUUAACUGUGAAGGCUAUGACUACCCAGAGGACGAGUAUAUUGUUUAUGGCUCGUGCGCUCUGGAAUACGAAUUAAAUGUACGAGGUUCUACUCGGGAGAAAAUAAAUCACAGAACAUUUGAAAAGGUGUAUACACAUGCACAAAAUAACUCUGGCUACUUCAUAAUUAUUGGAUUGAUUGUAUUAGCUGCCAUAAUAUGGUAUUUUUGUAUUAGACCUUCUACAUUUCCAUGCGAGUAUAUCCCACCAACUGGAUUCGAUUUUUCACAAUCACAACAACGACCACCACCUCCGCCAUAUGAUGAGGCGAUUUUCGAUGAUCAUGAAGAUAAUUCUACAAGACGACGUCAAGCUCCAUCAGCCCCUCCAGAAUACGGUUGGACAUCGAAUGUUAUGGGUUCAUCACAAUCACGUUCUCGAUGGAAUUGGAAUAAAUCAAACGACCAGUCCAGUUCAUGGUUAUCUAAUGGGUUGGCUGCAGGUGCUGGAUUUCUUGGAGGUUAUUUUAUGGGAUCUAGAUCAAAUACCAAUCCUGGUAGUAGUUUCAGUGGUUGUUCACGAACUACUCCAAUUUAUACUGAAGAAGAAUCAUUUAUUCGAAGUGGAAAUAGUUUUUCAGAUUCACAUUAUAGUUCUUCAAAUACACAAUUUACACAUGAUCGUCGUUCACGAACUCUUUCAUCGGAAACUCAUAUAUCAUCGGGUUUUGGCGGCACAUCGCGUAGAUAAUUUUCUAACUAUAGAUGAUCAACCACAUUUACAUUUAUCAAUUAUCAUUCAUCGUCAUCAAGAUGUUCCUACAGUAUUCUUCUUUGAAUUAAUUUGGAUUUAGUUGUGUUCAUUCAUUAUUUUCUUCUAUUUUUUAUUAUUUCGAUAAUCAUUCACUUGUGUUCGGUAGGGGUUUUCCCUCUCCAGAUUUGAACUAAUCACUUUGUUAUCAUUAAA